AGCCUCGCCACAGGAGACAGGACGUCCACCGCGCGCCUUGUCAUAGUAACCCGAGGCACGCCGUUCCCCUUUCCAGAUCUCUCCGCCAGGGCACCGGCGUCUCUGAGCGAUCAGUCCCGGAGGCGCGUGCCGCUCAUCCGCUCACCCUCUCCGCGGCUCCGGUCCGAUCGCUUCCCCCCCUCCCACAACAGUUAUUUCCCUGGAAGCUGGAUGAAUUAUUGGAGAGUUGUGAACAAGUGCGAGAAGAAAGCUGAGGCUCGGGAUCUGCCGCCUCGCGCCGUCCUGGGAAGACUCGACUCGAGAGUUGUGGACCACAAUGGAGGGGACGUCCCUGUGUCUGCCUAUUGUUGUUUUACUGAUGCAAUGUUCCCCCUCCGUUCCCGUCACCGUGACGACCGACAAACACAAGGUGGAGGUGAACGAGUUCUCAGACGCGGUGCUGUCGUGCACGUUCCGCACGGAGAAGGACCAGAACCCGCGCAUCGAGUGGAAGAAGAAGGGGAAAGAUGUGUCCUUCGUGUACUUUGAUGGACACUUCAAAGGUCCCUUUGAGGACCGCGCCACGAUCGACGGGGCCACCGUCACGCUGAGGAGGGCGACCCAGGAGGACGCCGGGGAGUACCGCUGCGAGAUCAGCGCUCCUCUGGACACCGUGAACCUGGGCGAGACCAACGUCACGCUCAAAGUCCUCGUGCCCCCACACAUCCCGUCCUGUGACAUCCCCAGUGGGGCAGUGACAGGCUCCGUGGUGCAGCUGCGCUGUCAGGACCAGCAGAGCAUCCCGCCUGCCACGUACACCUGGUUCAAGGACAACGCGGCCAUCAGCCAGCCGCGCAGCGCCAACGCCACCUACCAGAUGAACUCACACACGGGAGUACUGGAGUUUAGAGCCGUAGCCAAAGAGGACACCGGGCGGUACAGCUGCCUGGCUUCCAACGGCGUGGGGCGGCCACAGAGUUGCGAGGGCAAGCACAUGACGAUAGAGGACGUCAACGUGUCGGCCGUGGUGGCGGCGGUGGUGGGGGUCUGCCUGGUGGUGGUGGUCUGCGGAUGCGGGGGGUACCUCUUGCACCGCAACGGCUUCUUCAGCCCAGGACACAGAGGAAGGUCAUUUUGGAUCUCCCAGUGUCAUGGUGCAGCCCACAUCAGCAGCCAAACCCUGCACAGAGCUGAGGACACGUCCAAUGUUAACUACGUCCCUCCGCCCCAAGAUCCACAGGAUUUCAAACACACCCAGUCGUUCAUGCUCUGAGAAGGCGGCCUUCCUUUUCGAGAACUCGUCCGCCUGGUGACAAGGUGCCAAACAUCAGAUUCUCUGAUUUGUUUUGGUUUUAUCGUCUCUGGACUCUGAGCGAGCUCCGUGGUCUUCUUUUCCAAACCCCGAAACCCUUUGUCACUUCCUUUUGGACGGCAAGAAAAGAAGAAAACAUGUGCAAGGCUUCUUCCUCUUCCUCCUCCUCCUCUCUCCCCUGGGUCGUCUUGGUCACUGAUGUUUUAUUCCGCUCUUUUGGGAAUUAAGUCUAUUUUCCUGGUGUUCUGCUGCCCCCUGGUGGUCAGGUGGUGAACUACAAAUCGCUCUUUUUCCUGAAUGACCCAGGAACGAGAGGAGCCUUUCUACACUCUGUUUCCGCCCUCUGCAGGCCAAUCCUGUGUAACUUCCUUUUUGACUUCUUUCACUAAAGACUGACUGAUUUAGUUGUAGUAGUUUUGCUUUUCCAAUUCUGCUCGAGGCCAUAGAAACAGCAUUGUUUUCAAUCCACACAAAAGUUAAUGCUUCUCAAACAUGUAUCUCAAUGUCCGCCAAUGUUUAGUGGCCCCUGGGACCCCGGUGUUAGAGAAGACCCUUAUGGUCUUAUUGACGACAUAAAACCACGGAUGUGUUAAAUAAUACAUUUGUGCAUGAAAACCAGUCCAGGAGAAUAGGAAGCCACUCCAGCCAAUUAUAUUGAGACCAACCCCCCCAUUCCACCCUAAUGUGCCUGCAUGGUCUUAUAUAUAUAUAUAUAUAUAUAUAUAUACACCAUACACACACAUUUAUAUACCUUGUGCCUUUUUAAUUUGUCAUAUUUAUCUAUGGAUCACACUUGCCUUACUUUUUUCUGUGCCACUGUUUAUCGAUGUUUAUCAAACUGGAGAGUCUGCCUAUAGACAGUGUGUGAAUAGGUUGUUCAGAGUUUUAUUUGAAUGGUGUAUAUGUAAUAAAACGUUUUUAUAUUCAAAAACCUGCUGGCAGUCAUUACAGAUCACGUUAACAGUGAUGAAAAAUAAAGUAUGUUUAUUAAACAUUUAAACUCCACUA